AUGAGCGCUACUCCGACUGAGCUGCCAUCGAGGGCGGCCACUGGCCUGACCACCGCAAGCACCAACGAUGGUGCCUUCUCCGACACUGAUCCCACCAGCACCGCUGGCCUUCUAAGCGAGCGCCUUCAGGCAUGGAAGCAUGCUGUUGGUUAUCUCGAGGACUACAUGGGCGCGAUUGAGAAGAUUCACCGCGCUCAGGCUAAGGAGUAUGAGCGCGCUCUGAAGACCAUCUCGAACCCUCUUAAGGAGGGCCACCACUUCGAUCAGUCUCUCGGCGGAAUCGCCGGCUACUUCGAAAACAUGCGCUCCAACACCCAGGCCCUGAUCAACACCAACAUUGAGACCGAGAAGUCGAUCAAGGGCUCUGUCCUGCCUGUUCUUGACCGUCUACACAAGGAGAUCAAGGCCAAGAGCAAAGAGUUGACCAGCGGUGUUGAGAAGACGGCCAAGGAAGUCGAGAAGGCCCGCAACAACACUCAGAAGCACAUUGAGCUUCUCGGUCAACAGACCGCAUCCUACGAGUCCUCUGGUGGCAAGAUCCACGGCUCUGACGAUCCCUACGUUGUCAACCGUGGUGUUCUGCACCGCCUCCAUAAGCAGUCCAGGGUCAUUCAGCAGGCCAUGGAGUCCUUCAACCUCCUCGCCGGCGGCCAGGGCGAGAAGACGCGCGCCCUGCACUACGACAUGCUGCAGUCCAUUCAAUCCGUCGUGCCCGAUUUCGAGUGGCGCGGCUUCACCACCCGCUCCGCUGACCGCCUUAUCAACCCCAACGACCCCGCCCGCUCCGUUGACGACAUUCAGUUCCCCAACAUGUCCCACCCAGCCACCAAGCCCCUCAUCGAGGGAUCGCUUGAGCGCAAGUCGCGUAACAAGCUGUCGUGGGGCUAUACGACCGGCUACUACGUUGUCACACCUUCCAAGUUCCUCCACGAGUUCAAGGACUCGGACAAUGCUCGCGUCGACCCCAAGCCCGAACUGUCGAUCUACUUGCCCGACGCCAUCAUUGGCGCUCCUUCUGGCGAAAAGUUCAACGUCAAGGGCAAGGAUCGCAGUGGCGGCAUGAGCGCCAAGCUGACCGGCACUGCCGAGUUGGCUUUCAAGGCCCACACUCCCUCCGACGCGCAGCGUUGGUUCGACAUUAUCAGGGGCGUUGCCGGCGCUACCGGACCCGCAGAGCCGACUUCACCGUCGUCGCCCGUCGUGGAUCAGGAUGCCAAGUUUGCUGCCGUCACGCCGCCGGGUCCCGCUUCGCCCGUUGCAGGCCACGAAGCACAACAGUCGGGAGUACUGGCGGCACCGGACGAGAAGCCUCCUGUGCAGGCUGCCCCUGCUCAGGCUGCUCCUGCUCAAGCGGCACCAGCCGCAGCACCGGCUCCUGAGAAGGCUGGAGCUGCCCCCCCUGCUUUCUAG